ACACGACAGGACGGCCAAACGGGCGAUUUGAGAGGCACAAGACUCGGGCCUGGUUCAAAACCGUAUCCGUCAGAUACACCGAUAGGCAAAUUAAUAAUAAUAAUUAAACCGCUGCGUGACAAAGCCCCCUCUCUACCCAACACACCUCUCCUCUCCAAUUUUGCGAAAAACGAAAAAAAAAAACGAAAUAAUUCUCGAAAAUCUUUGUAUCUGUGUAUCGGAGAACUGAAAAGAGGCCGUCGUCUGGCGCUCUCGCAUCUCAGCUGCCAGUGGGCGAAAGACGCAACUGCUGCGACCUUGCAAUGCCCUUGAAUGACACUCUUAUUGCGACCAAGUCGCCAACGUUGCCACUCCAACGGGCGCUGCUGCCACGGCUGCCACUCAGCGCUGGCAAAAAUAUUAUUAAUAAUAAGAAUAACAAUAGCUGAAAAUCACAUAAAAGCACAGAAAAAUUCAAAGAUAUUCAUACAAAACGUUGCGACGAACAAAAGUGAAAAUUGUAAUAGAGUCAAAAGCAAUUUCGCGUACCUUCGUUAAAGCCGAAAACCUCCGACGGGUCCUUAUCAAAGCCUUAACCCAAAACAAAACGAGUGUGUGCUGAAUAAAAACAAAAUUAUAAUAUUUUUAUUCAUAAUUCCCAAAUGUAGAGCCAGUUAAUAAAAAUAAAGGCAAACAUAUCUGAAAAAAUCGCCAAAAAGAAAGUGUUAUCUAACUAGCGCCCCCUGGCGGAUUGUGUAUUUGUGUGCGACGAAUAAAAGUGAAAGUUCUCGAAUGGCGAAUAUCCUUCGGUAACCUUUCUCCUACGUUGACUCACUUCUUUCAAAACAUAAACUACAUCAGGGCACGCAAUAACCAAAAGUCCACCCAGCAUAUAUAAUAACUAUAUAUACCUGGAAUCGGUAUAUGUAGGCGAUUUUUGUGCCACAACUUUUGACAAGCAAUUUUUUUAUUGCUACGCCGACGAGGGCGAGAAAAUCACUGGCAAAGGCCAAAAAGGGAACGCCUUGGAUUAAUAAUAAAACAUCAGAUAUUCCGCAGAUCGGUUGCAGCAGACACGAUUGUGUGCUGACGUGACGUAAAUGAACGAUCCCGGCGAUAUACCACUAGCACACACGGGUACUCCGGACGGCAGGCCGCCCUGCAGCAUUAUCUCCAUCAUACCAACCAUAGGAAUGUCCUCAUGUCGUGGAAGAGCCGAGGCAUUCGCACGGAGUCUGUCCUCCAAGCUACGCACCUUGGGAUCUCAGACAACCGAGGAGGGUGAGGGCAAUGCGGAGGAUGAGCCAAUCAUUAAUGGAACCAGCACGAACACGUGGGUUAAUUCCCACGACUCGGAGCAGACGGUGACCGAUCUGCAGCCACUUCGCCAUGAGUCCGACUCCUUCUUCGACUUCGACUGCGAGCUGGAGUCGCCGGGGAGCCCGGUGGACGAGUGCGAGUACCUGCGCCUGAUCGAAACCGCCUCGAAUACGCCGCACAACUCAACGGCGGAAUCGGGCUAUGCCUGCGCUUCAAUGGCCAGCAGUCACAGCAGCAGCACCGAUGGUCCCUACUUCGAUGCUUCCGCCUCGGCUUCGGCUUCGGCUUCGGCUUCCACAUCCACAGCUGCAGCUGCCCAGGACCAAAAGCUGCCAGCCUCGGAACUCAAGGAGUAUGUGAAUACCCUACAAUUAAAUGGAAGGCAUGGCCUGGUCAAUGGAGUGCAGGAGGAGCAGCUGUCUGGCCAGGAUGUUGCUCAGGAGGACGAGGCCUUCCUACAGGCCCAGAUACUCAGUGAACUCCAGCAACAUAGCAUCAGUUUGCGGACCGAGGAACAGACGAAGCCCGAAAUGGAGCAGCUCAGCAAUGGGCAUCUCGAGGAAGUGGAGGACAUGGAACUGAAGGAAGUCCUGGAGGUAGCUGGUACUACGAACAGAGCUCCAGAGGCGGUCUCCACUGAAAGAGCACAUAAAGAAGUGCCACAUGAAGAGGUAACCUCUACGGACAGAGCCGCAGAGGUAACCCCUUACGAUAGAGUUCAAAGGGAAAGCACCCAGGAGAGGGUGCAAGAAGAGAUGCCCUACGAGAGAGUUCAAGAAGAGAUCCCUAACGACAGAGUCCAAGAGAAAACCUCCAACGAGAGGAUUCAAGAGGAAUCCUCCAACGACAGAGCCGAGGAGGAAACCUCCUACAAAUCGCCCACAGAAUCCUCCCUUGAAAGAACGCCCACAGAGGAAGCCUCCUCCCCCGACAGGACCGUUCAGGAAACCAGAGUCGUGGAACUCUCGCCGGAUAGUGGUGUGGAUGAGACGGACAAAUCGGCCAGCAAUCUCACCGUAAACGUGGACCUGGCCCAAAUAGAACAGGCCAAACAGGAUGCCACCGAAGCUGUGGAAAAGAGUGGUGCCCACAGUCAUGGCAUUGAUACCACAGAUGACGAAGACGAUUGCAGACCCCAGCGCAUCAGGCGUUGUUCCUCACUUAAGACGGGAAAGACCCCGCCAGGAACUCCGGGCCGCAAGAAGAUCGUGAGGUUCGCCGACGUUCUCGGGCUGGAUCUGGCCGAUGUGAAGACCUUCCUGGACGAAAUACCCACCAUACCGAAGUCAGCGUUCGAGGACCUGGAGAUACUGGAGUCGGAGCCGCCUCUGCAGCUGGGUCCCAAGUCCGAUAAGCUACUGAUGCCUCUGUUCCAGCAGCCAGGAGGGCUGCCCAAGUUCCUCGACGCCGUCAGGGAGAAGCAGGUGUCGCUGGAGAACGCCGCCGUGUCCGACAACAUCAACCAGACGAUAUCCGGAUCGGUGCGCGUCCGGAAUCUCGACUUUCACAAGUCGGUGCACAUAAGAUACUCGCUGGACGGGUGGAGGAGCUAUGCCGAUUUGCAGGCCAACUACGUGGAGAACUCCUGCGAUGGCUUCUCCGACAUCUUCACCUUUGUGCUGUUCGGGAACUCGCUGCACGUGGGCCAGAGGCUGGAGUUCGCCGUGCGAUUUCAGUGCAAGGGCCAGCAAUUCUGGGACAACAACUACGGGGCCAACUACUGCUUCCAGUGUCUGCCCAGCUCGACACAUACCACCGGCAGCUCGACGGCAUCGCCUCCGUCCGUGGCGACUGGCCCCGUAACCUCUGGCCACAGUGCCAGUCUGGUCGGAAUGCUAAGCCCCACGGCGGGCGAUGCCUGGUGCAGCUCCUUCUACUAACCGGUGGCGAUGGGCCCGCACUAAAGGCACUGGCACACCGAUAAGAAUCCAUCCCCCAUCCAUCCACCUCCCUCCCGAAGUCACGACACCAAGGUCUGGGACUCUGCCCGGUCCUUGAUGUUGUGUCCACGCCCUGAGAGAAUUCGAGUCCCCAAGUCCCAGAUGAUCGGCCAGUCAGAAAUCACAGAUCAGAAUACCUACCUUCAUUGGGCUACCUCUACGAUAGGGUGCUACGAUUUUUCGCUGAAAAAUGUUAUGGCAAUUCUUUAAGACAGGUAUCAUGCAAUGGCUGUUUAACAUUAAUGCGUUUACAUCUGAGUUGUAAGGCCCAACGGGAGCUAUAAAAAGAACUGGAAAUGAAUUUGUGCUUUACAUAUUAAGAGCUGAUAUAUGGGAUGUGGGUUCAACACAUCAUAAUAUAUAAAUCAGUGGAGCUCCUGUAAAAUGCCUUGAAACAGUCUUAAAAUUACUUCACUCCUACUUUACGAAAAGUCGAAUUUGGUACCCUUCCUUGAGAAUGCCAACAUUGUUUAUAUUUUUAUAGAACGGAAAAGAUUGAAGGGUUAAUGAAGGAGGAGGAAAGCUAUAACAGCUAAAUGAGCGCCACAAAAAAAAAAUAAACAAACCAGAGUAGUGCGAGCAAGAACGAAAGCCAGCAAAGUUCGAAUGAAUCCCAAAGAUAGUUGUUAGUCCUAUGUUAUAAGAAGAGCAAGUGAUAAAAAACUAAAAAUCAAAUCAGUUUCUUCAAUGUCUUCUUCUGUUUUCAGUUUUUUCCGAUUUUUAUUAAGUUUGCUUCUAGGUUUGCUUGUCAUGAGAAACCGUUUCCAAGUCGCUGUCAGUCGGAUCGGGUUAUUAAGAUUGGGUUUCUGCCAAGCUUAAAGAAAUCAUUUUUGUGAGAAAAUCAAUUAUUUAAUGUUAGUUCAGCAGCAGCUAUUCGAUAAGCUCAGAUCAUUUUGAAGCUUUGUUUAUACACAGACCUAUACGAGCACAGAGACCAUGUCAAAAGUUAACUACAACUAAUUAACAUCCAUUAUCUAGUCAAUACGAGUUUACUUUUGCGACCUUUUCGACUAUUCACAGUCCCAAAGGAAAUACUACAAUCCCAAGAUCUUUGUACCCCGAUCGGUAACAUGUUUUGAACCAUCUGACACAACAGGCAAACCAUAACUUUUGUUUCUCUUUAUUGUUGAUAUUCUUCUAAUAUUUGAUUUCUUUAAUAUUCUUUAAUUUUAAUUUAAACGAUUUAAAUAUUUUUUAUGUAUAUGUUGAUGCGUAAUAUAUAUCAUAAUAUUUUAUAAAUAUAUAUAUACAAAAUAAAAUAAAUAUAAUACUUAGUUAUUUCUUCUUGCUUUAUUCUUUUACUUAUGCUCUUGAUUUCGAAAUAAUAAAAACGAACUCUUCUUAUCCACAACCAAACCUUAAGUAGCCUAUAUCAGGGAUAAAGUAGCGAAAACCUACUUUUAACAAUUAAUUGCAAACACAGCUACCUCAAGGUUUUGUGACCGAAAACACGAAAGAGAGAAAAUAAUAGUUAAACAAAAUAUAUGAUUCAAAUAAAAUAACAAUUAAAUAAAUAUGUUUAUUGCAUAGCAAACAUGUAUAAAACAAAAAAGCAAAACCACAAAUAAAUAUGAACUUUAAAAGUUACAACUAUUUACAAACGUAUGUUAACAUAGCAGGAACCUCAGGAAAAUUACAAAAGUCCCCCAAACCAAAUGACUUAGACUGAAGCGUGAGUAUUUCGCUAGAUGAGCGAAAAAAUGUUAUGAAAUCUGCCCAAAAACCAGAACAUUGUUAAGAAUUGUGUGGGCGGGGCUUUUGUCAGCAUGAGUUCCACUUGACACUAAUGAAAGAAUAAUAAUGAACCCACAAAAAAAAAUAAAUGCGAACAGAGAUAUAUUGCAUGA